UUUUUAACGUGAUUUUUGUUAAUCAAAUAUUACAUAUAAAAAAUCAAAUUUAUAAACAGUAAAUUUGACAACUUGUGUCUCUAGAUAGACCUCGUAACCACCGAUUAAGAGGGUUUGUUAAUUGCUAUUAAAGAAGGUUUUGGUUGAUGCACACCACUAAGAGUGAUCCUACACUAGUAACUACAUAACUUUUCCACAAAGCAUAGGGUUGGAAAUGGUUGAUUCAAGCCACCCUAACUCAUCCGACACACUCCUCCAAAAUCACGAUGCUGAAGACCACCAUAACCAUUCGUCUCUUGGCUCCACAAUUGACAAGUGCAUAGGAGAACUCAACUGGACCCAACUCCUCCAAGCUCUUCUCAUCUCCUUCAGUUGGUUCUUUGAUGGUCAACAAACCUUCAUCACUAUCUUCACAGAUGCACAACCAUCGUGGCACUGCAUGGACGAGCCAUGCAGCUCAGCAAGCAACAUGUGCAGCCUUCCGAAGGAGUCAUGGGCCUGGGAUGGGCCCAUCCACACCUCCAUCAUCUCAGAAUUCGGCCUGGAGUGUUCGAGCUCCUUCAUCAUGGGCCUCCCGGCCUCCAUGUUCUUCAUGGGCUGCUUAGUGGGGGGGUUUGUUCUGGCCACUCUCGCUGACUCCUCACUCGGUCGCAAGAACAUGCUCUUCUUUUCAUGCCUCAUCAUGUCCCUCUCUUCCUUCCUCGCCACUUUCUCAACCAACGUUUGGAUCUACUCAGCGUUCAAAUUCCUUAGUGGGUUUGGCCGUGCCACGGUUGGAACCGCGUCGCUUGUGUUGGUUUCUGAACUCGUGGCUAAAGGCUGGCGCGGGAAGCUUGGUGUUAUGGGUUUCUUCGUUUUCAGUUUAGGGUUUUUGACCCUCUCACCUUUGGCUUACGUGAACCGAGGAUUUUCCUGGAGAAACCUAUAUCUCUGGACUUCUCUUCCAGCUCUUUUAUACUGUGGAUUGAUAUACUUCUUCGCUCACGAGUCUCCAAGAUGGCUUCUCAUAAGACACAAAAAAGAAGAAGCUGUGGAAAUAUUAAAAAGCAUAACAUCAACAACGCAUAAUAACUUGAAUUUGGCCAUCUCUAGCUUGUCCCUUGAGGAAGAAGUUUGGAAUGCUGAUUUGUACUCGAUCCUGAAGAUUAUGUUGCAAAAGAAAUGGUCUUCAAGAAGGUUAUUGGUAAUCAUGGCGAUGGGGUUAGGUAUUGGAUUGGUUUAUUAUGGCAUGCCUCUAGGUCUUGGAAUAUUGUCGUUUAACCUUUACCUGAGUGUCACAUUCAACGCCUUGUCAGAGAUUCCAUCCACUUUGAUCAGCUACAUCCUCCUAGACAAGUUCAACAGGAGAAGUGCGAUUUUCCUUCUGACUAUGGUAAGUGGGAUUUCGAGUGUGUUAGCAACCAUGGAAGGGACGAUAAUGACGAGGCUGCAAAUCGUGUUUGAGUUGAUAUCCUUCUCGUGUGCUUGCGCCGCGUGUGAUGUUGCUUUGAUAUACACCACUGAGUUGUUCCCAACUCCUGUACGCAACUUUGCCUUGUCAUUGGCGAGGGAGACGGUGGCGUUGGGUGGUGCAAUUAGUCCGGUGUUGGUGGCAGCCAGUAGAAAGCAUAGGUUUUUGUGUUACGGGGUUUUUGGAAUGGUGAUAGGGUGCAGUGGCAUGUUUGUAGUGUGUUUGCCGGAGACAGAAGGCAAAACAUUUUGUGAUAGUAUGGAUGAACAAGAAAGGAAACAGGAAUUGUUGGAGUGAUUUUCGCACAACAUUAUUAUUUAUGUCUCAUAACAUGUGCCGUAUGAAGCAAUGUGUAUGCUACAUCUGUAAGACUGUAAGUCAAUAGUAACAUGUGCAAGUGCAUUGUAUAGUAAUGUGUAUGUUCAUUACAUCUGUAACA